AUGCAAAUGCGCUUCUUGCUGAUUGCGUUCAUGGCUGCCUCUGUGUGCGAGUCCUUCACGACCAGAACGACAUCGAAUUGGCACAGCGUCACCAGACGGAGAUGUUUAGAAGGAGGGUAUCGAGACCUAAUGGCCAGGAGUGCUAGAGAGCAAGAUGAAGAGGAUGAACCUCCAAGAUUGGUGGAAAUCGAUGCUGCCAAAAGAAAAAGCAGUGACAACGUUGGUGGAUAUGAUCCAGGAGAAGCGCUGAGGCAAGAAGAGGUCAAUGUUGGUGAUCCACAGAUCAAGGUUAUUGAAAAGGAGAGAAGUGUAACGUCCAUUCUGAAGGAAUUGGCAGCCAUUCAACAACAAGGCCCUCAAAAGUAUUGUAUUCUGGGCACCCGACACUGCUCGUUCCUGCACCAACAAAUCAUUGAACUUCUAGCCUACGCCUUGGUGCUGUCGGGGAAUCAUGUUUACACUUCGGGUGCAGGUGGCACACAUGCCGCCACCAUUAGGGGGGCCUUGCGGGCGGAAAGAUCCGACUUGCUAACAGUUAUUCUACCUCAAUCAAUGGGAAAGCAGACCAAAGAAUCGCAAGAGUUGCUGGAAAAGGUAGAAGACGUCAUUACCAUGCCCCAAAAUGAUGAUAUGUCAUUGGAUAUUGCAAGUCGAAUCUGCAACUCCUACCUCCUCAGUCAGACCGACCAACUGAUUAGCUUUGCGUUCCAUGAAAGCAAUACUGUCAUUGAAGCAACGAAAGAGGCCAAGAAACUGGACAUGUUGGUGACGAUGCUUUAUCUGGACUAG